AACUCAUGGCAAGAACUUGCUGAUAAGCACCACAUGACAGCUCAGCGUGCGUCAUACAAAAAUUAUCUCAUUCAGUAUAAAACAACAAAAGUCCGCUUUUUUGUAUGACGUAUUUCGCUGUUUUGCGAUGGGGACCGACGUUUUCCAAAGCGCUUGUUUUCAGCGGGAAGCACGCAUGUACCUCCUCGUAAGAAGGGCUCCGUGGAUCAGACUUAGUGCGCCUGACAUCCUAUACAAGAACAUAAUGCAGCUGACAUAAUCCCCGAGACAUCCCAAAUUCGCCGUCCGAAACCAGAGAAGCCUUGCUUUGAACAUAUAAGCUUAAGUUUGGUCAUUACCGACUUCUGAUGGUGGUUAAAAAAGUGGGAUAAUAUGGGAGGACGGACUUUGGGGACGUCAGCAGGCUGGACAGUAUAAAUCCUUCAGGGUCUGUGUAUCUCCAGAGAAGAUGUGGUGUUUAGGCAGACAGACGCUCACCAGCGGACUCCGGUAAGCGACCACAGUCUGGAGUUACAAAGCAGCCUGGGCUGUGCCGUGCUGGGACACGGACGGAUCGGAUUGUGGAUGUACUGCUUGGCAGCACUUUGCUGGAUUUGCUUUUCCUGUUGAAGCCGCUCAGAUGUUAAGCUCUCUGGCCGAGGCUUGGCUGCCAGGUGCUGCUGACCGGACCACCGAUGCAUUCUUUUGACUGGCGCUUCUUCUUAUUCCCCUUCCCAGCGUGGGACGCAGCAUCCAUUUACUGUGCAAGUGAGCUUCAGGUCCAGGAGACCCCGGGGUCCCUCGGCUGAGGGGGAAACACAUACGCGACAUUACACGCCGGAGGAUUUUGUUCUCCCAUGCGCCUUUGGACACAGAGUAUCAGGUCAAUACGCACGCCGUAGUCUGGAUAACGAGACGCAGUUUGAAACAUCUCCAGGAUCUGGGGCAUAAGAUGGAUGAUUAAAUGCAUGCUGACCAGUUUUCUGGGAGGACAGCUGGUCUGAAUGGGACCAAUUUAAGCUGUGGAAGUACUGCCUUUGGCCGUAUUUAAGUUAAGGUUACUUGGAACAUCUGAAGAAACAGCCCUGAAUUAAAAAGACGGGAAUGCCUCAUUACUUGUGUUUCUAAGAACCGUUACUGGAACGGCAUCUAAAAUGAAGUUAUGGGACAUUCUGGCCCUGUGUGUGUCGCUGGGCGCCGUGUCCGCCAGACCCGCCAGACAUCGCCUGCCAGCAGAAAAUCACCUUCAGGUCCUGGAGCUGAAGCCUGAGAGAGGACAUCUGGCGAUGGAGGGUACCUGGUCCGAGUACCAGCAGCGAGGUCAGGAGAACCUGCAAGAACCUCCCUCUUCCAAACUGAUCUCAGCCAGUCCGCUGUACCCCGGGCAGCUGGAGGACGUGAUGGAUUUCAUUCAGACCACCCUCAGUAGACUGCCCCGCGCCUCAGAGUGGGAUGAGAGCACCUGGGCCAUAGGGCAGCGUGGCCGGCGGAGGGGCGGGGCCAGCCGAGACGGAAUGGGACGAAUCAGAGAAGAGAAAAAGAAAGGGCGGAGCCAUGGGAGGAACAGGAGGCGGGGUCAGGGGCAGGUGGGGGGCGGCGGCAGUGGCUGCGUGCUGAAGCAGGUUCACCUGAACGUGACGGACCUGGGGCUGGGCUAUCGGACUAAAGAGGAGCUGUUGUUCAGAUACUGCAGUGGGCCCUGUGCGGAUUCAGAGACCAACUAUGACAAGAUCCUGAACAACCUGAGCCACAAGAAGAAGCUGACCCCGGACAACCCGGCUCGUACCUGCUGCCGGCCCAUCGCCUUUGACGACGACCUCUCCUUCCUGGACGACGACCUGGUUUACCACACGCUGAAGAAGCAUUCCGCCAGGAAGUGUGCCUGCAUCUGACCUGUGGCUGGCCAGUGCGUACCGUUCAUAACCAAGGCUGCUGCUAUCUUUUUCGGGAGAAAAGGAACAACCAUUUACACCACCUGUAGGGGGCAGCGGAUGUCCCUGGACAGAACCCCCGGAAAUGAAAUGUGUUUCAGCUGCGGUGUCGGCACGGAGGAGAUAAGAUGAAAGGACAGCAGAAACGUCACACACACCUUCCCUGAAAAGGGUGCUGAGGGAUUAUUGGAUUGCACCUGUUGAGAGUCAUGCAGCAUGGAACGGAUCUGUUUACACGCACGGUCAUUCUGAACUCACCAUAAAAAUCCAACUCUGAUACAGCAACUCGAAUUCCUACCUACAAAAAUAUAUAAAUAUUUAUUUUAUUUACAUUGAAUUAACUUAUUGAUAUUUAUUAUAGUCCAUUUUAUAAAAGUGAAAGUGUUUUUGUUUUUCUUAUUUAUUUGAGCUUUUUGCUUCGAUCACUGCCAAAGAGGACACGGUUUGGGGGCUGACCAGUGAAGCGGCCUGACCUUAACAGCAUUUAGCCGUAAGGAAGCUCUGUCUGGCCAUCAGAGUACAGAGGGGGCACCUCAGAAACAGCACUGUGCACAGAGCUGGAAACCAAAGCCAGGCAGCCUGCAGGCCCCUCUCUGAUAUGCCAGCCAGAAUUGCAGGUCCCUGACAGACCAGCCAGAACCAUACGACCAGUUGCUGAUAGGCUAGCCAGAACCACGUGGCCUGUCGCCAAUAAGCAGAAUUGCAGGUCCCUGAUAGACCAGCCAGAACCAUACGACCAGUUGCUGAUAGGCUAGCCUGAAACACGUGGCCCGUUGCCGAUAAGCCAGCCAGAACCAUGCGGCUCAGUGCCAAUAAGCCAGCCAGAACCACACAACCCAUC